AUGGGCAAGAAAUCAUCCCAGAAGCCGGCCUCGAAGACGUCCUCCGCGGCGGCAUUCGCAGUCGCCGACGCCACGAACACAGGGAACAAAUCCUCGAUGCUGAAAGCCUCGUUCGCUCCAUCUGAUUAUCAAUUGGCCUUGUUCGCGUCUGUAAUCCAUGGUCUUGAGGGUCAGAAUCUUCGUAUUCACGAUACAAAUACCGGCCGGUUGCAGUGCGAGCAUGUCUUGGGUCCGAAAGAGCUUGUCACGUCGCUGGACUGGGGUCAUCAUGCCGGUCGCCGCGAUCAAUCAAAGAAGAAGAGGAAGCGCCCUUCCGACGUCAAUGGUGCGGCCGAUGGACUUGACCAGAGCGAUGUUGUAGUCGCUUUCGGCACCAACACUUCCGACAUCCGCAUGUACUCGCCUGCUGAAGAUAAGAUUGUCGGAACUCUUGCGGGUGGGCAUACCGGUGGCAUAAGGGAUUUCAAAUUUACUGCAGAUCGACCUCAAGAAGGCUGGAGUAUUGGCGGGGACAACAAACUGGUCCAGUGGGACCUUGCUACUGGGCAAACGACAAGGGUAAUCAAUCUCUCGACAACGUCAACAUUCACUACGCUAUCCCGCCCAGUCUCCUCUAACCCGCCCGUUAUUUGCGCAUCCCAGUCGCCCUCGAUCAUUAAUCUUGAGGAUGAAUCGCCAGUCACAUUUCCCGCGAUGCGAAACUCAAUACAGUCCAUUAUCACGUCCUCUGCAAGUUCUGUUUCCGAUGGCUUGUUCCUAGCCUCGGAUAAUGAUCGAUACAUCAACGUCUUUGACCCUACAACUGGACAGCUCACGUUGAACCUUGUGGCGGAGAGGGAGGUGUCUUCGCUCUCGCUAUAUUCAAAGCAGAGCGCAAACGGCAGCCUGGCGCUAGAGAAGCAGGUUCUUGCGGCUGUUACUCAGGAUGGUACUGUUGAACUCUUUGCGCGACCAUUUGUCCGGCCCCAAGGUUCUAAAGGUAACAGUCUGAAGGCAAGGUCCAUGCAAAUGACCAGACGAGCAGAAACCUCUAUCAAGAUAACAAAAUCCACCACCUCAGACUCUCUCGUUCCCGUGGUUUCGGUAUCGUUCCAAGGGCCCGAACUAAUUAUUGCAUGGGCGCAUGGAGGUAUAGUGCCGCUCUUCGAGCGCGUUAGGUGGCUGAACGAGGAAACCGAUGAAUUGGCAUUUACCGGUGUGAAAAACAUUGCGAAAACCAAGUCUAGCUCCAUCCUCCAAUCCGUGACGACAAAUGGCGCGAAAAAUGCAAACGAGAGCCACGUCAAUGAAAACAGGGUAGUGGUUGAGCAAGGUAAUCUAGCAGAUGAUGAUAUCGACAUGGAGGAUUCCAAGAACGAUGUGGUUUCGGAAGACGACAGUGGUGUGGAUUCAGAUGACGAUGACGGACCAAAGAAGCAGAAGCCCAAAGCAACGCAGGAUAAUGAAGAAGCCGAGAGCGAUGAGGAAAUGCAGAACGUUGCAGGGUCAGGCGUGGAGGAUGAAGAUGGAGAUGACGAAGAAACGGGCGAGCCCACGUUCGGAGAACUCAUGAGGGCUCAUGCCGCGGAAGAAAUCGACGUCGAAGCCGAGCUAGAAGAUGAUGUCCACACCCGUUCGCUUAUCCCUGGGAAACCUAUCACAACGGUCCAACAAAUCCCCUCUGGCGUCUCUCUAGCAACAGUUCUUUCACAGUCCCUCAAGACAAAUGACAACGAUAUGCUAGAGGCAUGCUUCCACACAGGUGAUGCUGGCACGAUCCGAACCACCAUCCAACGUUUAGAUUCUCCUCUUGCUGCAACUCUGCUACAGAGACUUGCAGAGCGCCUCUCUUCUCGUCCAGGCCGGUACGGUCACUUACUUGUUUGGGUUCAAUGGACGUGUAUCGCCCACGGAGGAGCACUAGCAGGCAACAAGGAACUUCUCAAGCAGAUGUCCACUCUCUUCAAGGUGAUGGAUCAGCGCUCUUCCACUCUCUCUUCCCUUUUAUUGCUCAAGGGCAAGUUGGAUAUGUUAGAUGCCCAACUCGUCUUAAGGCAGUCGCUCCGCGAAAAUGCAGACCACAUGGACAGCGAAGACGAGGAGAAUGUCAUAUACGUCGAAGGUUAUGACGACGAGGAAGAUGAAGAUAGCGACGCAGAGGCUACCAAGAACAUCGACACCCCACGCACCAAAGCUAUCCGCGACCAAACUGACAUUUCAAUGAUCGAUGAAGACGAGGAGGGAAGCGAAGACGAUGAUGAGGAAGACGAAGAAGUGGACGAAGAAGGCCCUGGCAACAUUCUCGACGUCGAGGCAGAAGAAUCGGCCGGGUCAUCCGAUGCCGAGGAAUCUCUUGACGAGGACGAGGACGAGGUUGAGGACAGCGAUGCCGACAGUGCGGCAUCCAUGGCUGAUUUCAUCGCGGACACGGAGGACGACGACUCAGACGCCGAGGCGCUCUCGCGGCCGCCGCCAUCUAAGAAGGCCAGAUUAAGUCAGGGGGGCGGGAAAGGGAAGAACAAGGCCGGAUCAGGAAGGAAAUAG